GUGUGCUGUCGCCCUGCAAGGCGGCCCUCCUGCUGGAAGGAUCUCGGCACCACUUGUGGGUGAAGCAGAUGCGGACUGUGGGCUGGAGCGGCACUGGAGCUCAGGCCCGGAGGAACAGAGGCUCUCAAGCCUGCCAGCGAGGAUUCUACCGUCAAUCUCUGGAGACUAAACGCUGCCUGAAGUGCCCCCCCAACAGCUUGUCCAAUGAGUCAGGGGCUACAUCUUGUUCCUGCAAUGCAGGCUUCUACCGAGCACCUUCAGAGGGCCAGAACGUUGCUUGCACCCGCCCCCCCUCAGCUCCCCGCAAUGUCAGCUUCUCCCUUAUUGGCACACAGUUGAGUCUGUGGUGGCAGCCACCCAGCGACCACGGUGGGCGAAAGGACCUGACUUACACCGUCUUCUGUCAGCGCUGCCAGUUCCUGUCGUGUGAGCCGUGUGAGGCUGGAGUGGUAUUCUCCCCCAGUGCUUCUGGUCUCACUAAACCUGCUGUGGACGUGGACGGCCUAGAAGCUUACACCAACUACACAUUUGCUGUGGAAGCCCAUAAUGGUGUCUCAGGAAUGGGACCUGAUCCACAGAGAACUGCUCCAGCUGUGUGGGUCGCAGUUGGACAUGCAGCUCCAGUGACGGUAUCCCAGUUUAUCCUGACGCAAAGAGAUGACAGUAGUCUUUCUGUUUCUUGGCUUGCCCCACGGCAGCGCAGCCGGACCUCGGUGGAGUAUGAGGUCAUGUUCUUUGAGAAGGGAGAGGAGGCACGUUACACAGUGAAGCACCUUCUUGAGCCAAAUGUCACCCUGAAAGACCUGCAGCCAGACACAGCCUACCUGCUUCGUGUGAGAUCCAUCACACCCCUCGGGCCUGGGCCCUACUCCCCGGAGCAGGAAUUCCGCACCCUUCCGCCAGACACAGGAGCUCUGUCUGGUGGAGUCAUAGUCUCUAUUAUCUUUGGAGUUCUACUAUUUAUUGGGCUGCUUCUGGGACUUCUCAUCUUUCGGCGAAAGCAGGCUCGUCGGAGACAGGCACGGCCAGAUUACAAUACUUCAGGCUUUGAUCGAGAGAAGGUCUGGUUGAAGCCUUAUGUAGACCUGCAACCAUAUGAUGACCCCAGCAGAGGGGUACUGGAAUUCACUAAGGAACUGGAUGUUUCUUGUGUCACUAUGGAGAAUGUGAUUGGAGAGGGGGAGUUUGGGGAGGUCUAUCGUGGAUCCCUGCGGCUCCCAGGGAAAGAACGUAUUGUGGUUGCCAUCAAGACCCUGAAGUCAAAUUAUUCAGACUCACAGUGGUGGAACUUUCUGCGCGAGGCAACAAUUAUGGGGCAAUUCAAUCACCCGAACAUUGUGCGUCUGGAAGGAGUUGUCACCAAAAGGAGGCCAAUGAUGAUCAUCACUGAGUAUAUGGAGAAUGGAGCGCUGGAUACCUUCCUCCGGGAGAAUGAAGAAAAAUUUAGCCCUGUGCAGCUUGUGAGCAUGCUGCAGGGAAUAGCCUCUGGCAUGACCUACCUUUCAGAAUACAACUAUGUGCACCGGGAUCUGGCUGCUCGCAACAUCCUGGUAACACGCAGUCUUCAAUGCAAGGUGUCUGACUUCGGUCUCUCCCGAAUAUUGGAGAAUGAUGCAGAGGGAACCUAUGAAACCAAGGGUGGUAAGAUUCCCAUCCGAUGGACAGCCCCAGAGGCCAUUGCUCAUCGGAUUUUCACCUCAGCCAGUGACGUCUGGAGCUUUGGCAUUGUCAUGUGGGAGGUGCUGUCAUUUGGUGACAAGCCAUAUGGGGACAUGAGCAAUCAAGAGGUGAUGAAAAACUUAGAGAGUGGGUACCGGCUCCCCCCACCUGUAGACUGCCCAUCUAUCCUCUACGAGCUCAUGAAGAGCUGCUGGUCACACGAUCGGAUGAGGAGGCCUCAUUUUCAGGAAAUUCGGGCGCAGCUGCAACAUUUCAUCUCAAGUCCCCAGCUCCUCCGGCCUGUUGCAGACUUUGAUCCCAGGGUAACACUCCGGCUCCCUAGCUGCAGUGGAUCUGACGGGAUCCCCUAUCAGUCCAUCCCUGAGUGGCUGGAAUCCAUUCGCAUGAAGCGCUACAUCUCCAACUUUCGCACUGCUGGCCUGGACACCAUGGAGUCCAUUCUGGAGCUCACUGCUGAGGACUUGAAACAGAUGGGAGUGUCACUUCCAGGCCACCAGAAGAGGAUCCUGUGUAGCAUCCAAGGCUUUAAGGAGUGAUCGGUCAUUGUUCUCUUAAGCUUGCUAAAUGCCCAUUCUUACCAGAUAUCACUUGGAAUCAUUCCUAUGGCAAUUGCUUCCAAAUGAGUGACUGGGACAAGCAAAGCAAAACCACCAGAACAAAGGCUCAUGAGGCAACACCACCUGCUCUCAUUUCUGUUCCCCCCUGCUUUAGCUCUGCAGCAGCCAUCAGUACGUUUCAGAGCACUGGUCUUAGAAACUGUUCUCAGCCCAGUCUUCUGUAGUCCAUUCUGUGCAGCACCAAGUAAUCUCUGUAGUCUACAUACUGGAGUUUUAGAUCCUCUGUGUAUCACAUGGAAACGUAAGGAUACAUACAAAGCGGGCUGGGGGUGGUGGAUAAUGUUUCAAGAUUGGAGAUGAGCGUUCAGAUAGACUGGGACAUUCAGGGAACAUGCGCAAGGACACAGACACAAAGAGAUCAGGUCCAUUCACUCCCUGGCAUACAUUCCUUCUCACUUCAGCAGCCUUCUGUCUUCCUUAUUUUACAACAGGAACAAGCUAUUCAGUCUUUAUUAAGGCUGCUGGUAAGGGGUAUAUUUUUUAAUUCAGCUGUUCAUGCCUUAAACACCAGCUCACUGUGUACUUCUUUCUUUGGAGGAGAAGUCGGGAGUAGCAGCACACCCUGCUGUAACUUGUGCGAUCACGUAACCUCGGCAUGUUGCUGUUUUGCACAUGCACAGUUCAACAGGGAGAUUUACAUCUCUCCAACUUGCUUAAUACCUUUACUUGUGCCAUGGACAGAAAACCCUUUAGGUACUCAUUUUUCUCUGCCCCUUUUUAAAAGAGAGAAUAGUCUUGUUUGGCUGAAUAGGGUAUUUGUAACAGAAAAAUGUGUAGGUGGUCUGUCUUAUUCCUUCUCUGUGGAGGAAAUGUUAUUAUUUAUCAGAGCUCAAGACAGUUUUAGACUGUAAAUAAUAUUUUGUAAAUAAACCUGUGGCAAAGCA